UAAACUUAGAAAAGUGUUAUUUUGGAGAUUUGACCAUAAUUUAUUUAACAAGAUAAUUUAAUAUCAUGUAUAAAAAUGCGAUUCAUUGAUUCGUGUUCCUCUCUCCACACCAUUUCUGACACGGUGACACCUCAUCUCUCCCACCUCCUUCUCCGUUCCGUUCCGUUCCGUUCAACAGUCUCCCCCGUUAAAGAUUAGAUCAAACCGAACCAAUAGUCGCUGAGAUUUGACCGGUGAUUAAUGAACUCCACCUCGAAUCAGUUACUUCAGCCGAUGACGAGCUCUAUCUCCGACCUCUCUCGCCGGAAACGGAAGACAAAAUCGCCGCCGUUGGUACCUCCCUCUCCAUCGACGAAAUGGAGAUCGGAGAAGCAGCAACAGAUCUACACCACGAAGCUUGCACGUGCCCUAACAAAGCUUCGAAUCGCUCAAUCAUCCUCCUCACACUCUUCGCCUCCUCACACCGGUAGAGCCGUGCGCGAAGUCGCUGAUAGCGCCUUGGCGGUUACGGCAAGAGGCAAAACACGGUGGAGCCGAGCGAUACUAUCCAAAGCCGUUAAUCUCAAACUCAGGAAACACAAACGGCCGAGAAUCUCUAAUUCGGUUACGUCUCCGGCAAUCACCACCGGGAGUCUCCGGUCAAAGACACAGACAGCGAAGGUUACGAGGGUUAAAGCUAAAGGUAUGCCAUCUGUACAGAGAAAGGUGAAAGCGCUGAGCCGGUUAGUUCCGGGUUGCCGUAAACAGACGUUACCCGUGGUUUUGGAAGAAACGACGGAUUAUAUAGCUGCCAUGGAGAUGCAGAUUCGCGCCAUGACUGCUAUUCUCUCCGCCGUCAGCUCUCCGACAGGUCAUGAAGGGGGACAAACACAUGUGCUUGGUUAGUUGGGCCAAACUGUGUUUCUUUUUUCUUAUAUAAUUUUUAAAAAAAAAAAAAAAAACUGUUUCUCGUUAUUCUUCACUGUAUUGCUUUCUGUUUGAAUAUUUUACAAAUCUAUGUCGUCAUGUAUAUCCUUUUUCU